ACAGACUGCGCAGAUUACCGGCCAGUGUAUGUGUAUAUAACGCGCCCCAGUCAGUUACGCUGAAUCAGUAAGUUCACACAUCUAUCCUAGAGAGACAGAUCAUGAUGACGUCACUUGUUUCCCUGUCUCUGAUGUUCCUUUGUCUAGGAGUGACAUCGGGACAGGUGUUUAGGUUCGGGAGUUGCCCGGAUGUUCCGGUCCAGGCCGAUUUUGAUGUGGACCGGUACUACGGUGACUGGUAUGAGUUUGAGCGCUAUUUCUUCAUUGCUGAGACCUUACUGAAGUGUUCCGCGGCCCAGUACUCACCACUCCCCGACGGCACCAUACGGGUGGUCAACUCGGGCAAGAACAUCAUUACCGGUAGUGAUUCCUCAGUGGUAGGGUCAGCCAGGGUGGACCCCAAUGCUGGAAACCCAGCCAAAUUAUUGGUCACCUUUGGAGGAAUGUCCGAUGGCCCCUACUGGGUUGUAAAGACUGAUUACGACCAGUACUCCAUUGUUUAUUCUUGUACUAAUACACUGUUCAACCGGGCACGAUUGGAAAUUUUGUGGAUUCUUACAAGAGACAGAACUGGAAUAACAGAGGACGUGAGAAGCGACCUCUACCAGCAUCUACGUCAGAUCGGCCUUGACCCCAGCAAGCUAAACCCUACCACACAGACGGGAUGUUAAUGUUCAAAGUUUUUAUUUCUACCAUUGCCAUCCCCCGGGGGUGGAAGGGGUAGGGGGGUAUGGUACACGUGGGCCUGAAGGGACUUUAUAUAUUGGGCUGAAUGUGAGGUUUUAUAUUAGUGUAACUGAUUCUUUUAAACUAUUCCUCCUGCCAAACAUGUUUUUGAUAGAGCCGCCACAGUGAACAAUCAUGUUGUUUCGAGACAAUAUUUCGUGCUACGAUUAUUUUGCGUUUGCUUUUUUAUUAUCUGAAAAAAAAACCUAUGAACAACCCACAAAACUCUUUAUAUUUGUUCCAUUUUGUUCUAAAGCAUAAUAAAUUUUUUUUUUAAACACCAA